AGUCCAGGCAGCUCUGAGCACAGCACACUGACACAACAUGCCGGAGAAGGCUGUGGUUACCUUGCGGUACGGCCCCUAUAUGAACUGCUCCGGUGUGGUGCAGCACAGACUGUCCCGGCUGGAGGGGCUGAGAGCUGUGCUGGCCUUCGAUGGACACAGUGUUGUUCUAGAAGAGAUACCACAUCUGAAUGCUGUGGAGCUCAUUGUAAAUGGAGAGACUAUAUUUCAAUGUAACAUCAAAGAGCUUGAAUUUGGAGGUGACGGACUGCUGGACCCACUUUGUGAAGAUGCAAGACAAGCUGUGCUGAGGGCUUACUAAUAAAUAUGUUUUAUCUGCCUGC